GCGCCAAAUUUCAGUUUGACGGUGUUGCGCCAAAAGCCGCCAUCUUGGAUGGAACUACGAAGAACGUUCUUCCAUAACGUGGGAAUUUGGAUGGCAAUUUUACUAGUUUUCCUCGUCUUCUCUACUUAAUGACUCCCUAAAGCAUGGAUGGCUCAUUUAAAAGCCCUCGUCCGCUUCCGAAUUUGUUAGACGACGCAGUAUUCAGUCAUAAGAAAGCGAGGCGAGGAAAUAGCGAAGCCGACUGUUUGCCUCCAAGGCCUCCAGUCAAAUCUGCUCCUCCCAUAAGUCGGCUAUUCAAGCAUUCGAGGAAGCACAGUGCUGGGGCCCAUGAAGUCAGUUUUCAUGGCAGUGGCAAAAAGCUAAAAAGUCCACAUUACAAUGAACGCCUCGGAAAACUCUACUUUGACCAAUGUUUUGAGGUCAUUAGCAAGCUUGGCGCUGGCUCAUUUGGAGAGGUUUUUAAGGUGAAAAGUAAAGAGGAUGGGAAAUUCUAUGCUAUAAAAAAGUCUUGUGACAGAUUUCGUGGAGAUGUUGACAGAAAAAACAAGCUGGAGGAGGUCAACAGACAUGAGCAGCUAAAGAUGCAUCCUAACUGUGUUCACUUUGUCAAAGCCUGGGAGGAAAGGGAUCACUUGUAUAUCCAAACAGAGCUCUGUAGUUCAAGCUUGAAAGAUUAUUUAGAAAAGAAUGACUCUGUAUCUGAGAGAGAAGUUUGGAAUUUUCUUCUGGAUCUUACUUUGGGUCUGAAGCAUCUUCAUGACAGUGGCAUGGUUCACAUGGAUAUCAAGCCUGCUAAUGUGUUUUUUGGUCACGAUGGACUUUGUAAAAUUGGAGACUUUGGACUGGUUCUAGAACUCUCAAAGGUGGAUACGGCGGAUGCCUUAGAGGGAGACCCUAUGUACAUGGCCCCAGAGUUGAUGCAAGGCAGUUUUACAAAGGCUGCUGACAUAUUCAGCCUGGGAAUAACGCUGCUGGAAGCUGCCUGUGAUUUAGACUUACCAAAGGGUGGAGAUACAUGGCAUCAACUGCGCAAUGGACAGCUUCCACAUAUUUUCACACAAGGCUUGUCGCCUGAGCUCAUUAGGCUGAUUGCGUGGAUGAUGCACCCUAUCCCUGAGAGUCGGCCAACUGUAGAUGACAUUCUAGCCCUCCCUGCUGUACAAGCAACAUGGAGAAGGCGGCGGUGGAUCCAUUAUUACAGCUUCAUGAAUUCGUCAUUCUCUUCAUUCUGUGAUAGUGUUUCUGCAUUCUUUUUGUGGAUGGCUAUGGUUAUCUUAUGGCCUCUUAAACCUUUCAAAGAUCUGUGGUCACCUAAACCUGAUCCUCCUACCCAGGAUUCCUCAUUUAGUUCUGAUAACAGCUUCUCACUGGAAGAUUCUCACGAAAUAUCAGACUGCUGGAGCCAUACUCCUGAAAAGAACUCAUCCUUUGAAAAUCUUCUGUCUUCAAAGCCAAUUGCCAAGCCUCCUUUUCACAGGACGGGGUACUGCAGCUCUCCUAUCAACCACACCCCAUGUUCCCGUGUCGUCAUAUCCAGACUUUCCCCAACACGAGACCCUGACCUCCCCAUGAACUCCAGGUUGACCCCUCCCCUUGACACCAGCAGUCCCAGCAGAGAACAGUACACCCCACCCUCUGAAGGGAGGAGGGGGCGUUUGUUUGAAGAUGAUGGGGUGACCCUGAAGGUUGGAGUGGGGCCUAAAAACCUCAUGGAUGUGUUUGAGGAUGCAGCAGCCUGAUGAAGCUUCUACAAGUUUAGUAUUGCAUAUUUCUUUAGGCUAGAAUUGUCUGCGUGAGUUUAGAUCCCGUACUAUUCUAAGCUAGCAUUCUCUGCAUGGCGGGGCUGGUUACAUGUCUACUUUGAUAGAUUGCAGGCACGUACCCAGGAUUUGUUGAGGGCUGCUCAUUAUAUAUAAAAAGAAUAGUAUUUGAUGACAUUAAUUUUUGGUGGCCCUGGGGGGGGCUGCCUAAUGCAUAAUAGAAGUUAUGUAUGCUUCUCCCGAAAAAUAUUUUUUUACCCUUAGGGAUCGCAAAGUGGGUGUGUUCAGCAGCAGUUUGAAUACUCGGUCUAAGUAUCAAUUAUUUCCUGGUAUUUCCCAUGUACAAUAGGCAAGCUGUUAGUGUAUGAAUUUGUAUUAGGUACAUUACCAGCUCAAUGCAAUUUAGGGGAUAGCUACCCUUUAAAAAGGAUAGUACUUGGGUCAAUCUUACAUCCUUGGGCAUAACAAUCAAGGGAUAUAGCUGAACACACCCAAAGUGAUAGCAGCCCCUUAAAAGAGCCAUGAGGAACAGCAAUUAUGUGAACUUUUACACCAGGACAGAAGUCUUGGUAGCCAUUACUUAGAAUAAAAGCCCAUUUUUAAGUAGGAAUCUGUUUAACUCCAAGCAGGGGAAACUUGGGGAGAGGGACUUGUCUGAAACUGAAAAAAAGGCAGACAAAUAUGAUUACUUAGGUUGAAUUUGCUGUAGGACCUAAUUGUGAUCAAUGUGUCUAAAACUAAAGAUAUAAGGAAGUCAAGGUCUUAUUGGGUCCUUCUGGGAUAUUGACAGAUAAUGUCCAAGGAUGAGAAAUGGUACGAAAAAUGAACAGUUGGCCAAGAAGCGAAGCUUCGAGGGCACUGUGUAAUUUUGAGGACCACUUUUCAUCCGCAGACAUUAUCCGCCGAUAUCACAGUGAGCCAAAGAAGGGGUUUAUUUAUUUUAUAUCCCAGUGACUACACUUAAAAUGUGACUACCAGCUCAAAACUUGCAUUUCAACUGAUGGAUUUACACCUAGACUGUUUUCUUAUCAUUCUGCUGAGAGCAGGAAUAGAAAUUGAAGCAAAAAUUUUCGAUUUUAAAAUCUCUUCUGCAUGCGCGCUGACAUGCAUGGGAAUGACGCCACGAGUGUGCGCUGCUCCAUAUAGUUAUAUUGAUGAUAAUUCUAUAAAAGAAAGCAAACCUUCUUUCUGUGCCUUCAACGCGUUUUGGAAGCCUUGGCGUUUGAGAAGUUAUUGAACAGACGAGAAGCAAGUUUUGACUGCACUGUUUGCAGGACAGAUAUCCGUUUGGCUGAACGUCAUGCCUGAUAUUUGUCCCUUGAAAAUGUGCAUGUGAGAACCAUAUUGACCAAUAAGCGCGUGAAAAUUCAUCACUGGGAUAUAAUUCAAAAUAUUGGUUGUAGAUAAGGGUGUAUAGAGCUUUUGUGGUAAAAAUUCAUGUCCAGCUUUCAUUACAUUGAAACCUGUAAAACUGAACCUCCAAAAUAUGUGUGGAGUGUUUAUUGUCUUCUCACGAAUCACAAGCCAGAAUUCAGGUGCUGAAAUGUUGAACUCGAGGGUUAAACAGUGUUGAAACACUUUCUAGCAUUUCCAGUAUGCACUUUCCAUACAUAUUUCCACUCUUCGCGAUUUGACAUGGUCAUGCUGUAGCCAUUUCAGUUUUGUUUGUGUGAAAAAGAGAAUUGUAAAUAGGACAAAAACAGAAAUACUCAAGGAAGCUAAUAAAAUAUGCUUAUUGCUGUU